CCUUUGUUAUUAAUUCUUGAUCUCAGGUAUGUGUCAUAGUGACUGGAAGCUGGCUAACACACACUAGUAGAAGACUAAUGAGACAUCCUUGCAGAAUCCCAAAGCUGCACAAAAUCCACCUCUGUAAAGUCCAAUUUAUUUGGUGCUGCAAUGCUGCCCCAUAAUCUGUCACAUUUAGGUAACUUGUCUCUCUUUCUGGCCACCUUAUCUAUGUGGCUCCAACUUUACAUUUGCUCAUUUGAUUAAAUGUGUACCUGCCAGAACCCCCCUCCCCCAACCGUGUGUGCAUGAGUGCAGAGGAAAAGUAAGCUGUUUGAUCCACCAUGAGGAAGGUGGAACAGGAAGAGCAAUGUUACAGAUUCCCGAGAGAAGCAGAAAGAUGACAUGCCCACCAGCUCGUCUCCUGUAGCCCAGAGGAGGGGGACCAGCAGAUUCAAGGAAGCAAAGAGAUAGUCUAACAUCAGGAUGCACAAGUCUCACUAGACGUGGAAGGUGGCUGGACAUCAUCAUCACUUGUGAGCUCCUGGUCCAAACUGAAAAGCUACUAGUGGGCAGUGUUUCACUGACCUCCAUGACAGAGACCAUGAAAUGCAGGUAUCCUCAUUACCCAGAUUUAUAAUCACAAGAAAACACCACGGGAAUGAUUUAGAGUUCUCUAGCCUCAUCCUUCGCUCUCAUCCCAUUCUCUCUCUGUGAGAGAGUGAAAUAAUAAGUCAGGAGUUAGGACCCAGAGAUGUUUUAGCCUCACAAGACCCGACAGCUCACUGGGCAUCAGAGAAGUGCACUUUAAGAAACCCACACAGCAGGGAGAUGACCUGUGACUAUUUUCAUCUCAGGCAGCUGGUCAUGAUCCCCUUGGGUUCCAUCUAGACUUUGAACCACUUGUAUUUUGUUUUCCAACCCUGCUCCUUUCCUGGGGCAAUGCUGUGUGGCUGAAAGGAAGAAAUCACCUCUCUAAAGCAGACAUCAUGCCAGGCUUUUUCCUGGUCCUUCUGGUUCUCAGUGUCGCUCUCUCAGUAAAUGGUGCAUUAGAAAAUUGAAAUUGGAAGAGAACCUGGUGCUUUUUCUCCACUGUGGAGGCUUCAAGAGUGUGGUCAUGUAUUCCGUUCCCGGGAGACUCUUACAGCCACCGAAGGACUCAGCUCCAUAGCCGAACAUGAAGACGCCCUCCUCAGACAUUUGUUCCAAGGUUAUCAGAAAUGGGUUCGCCCCGUGUUGAACUCCAGUGACACCAUAAAAGUGCAUUUUGGAUUGAAAAUAUCUCAGCUUGUGGAUGUGGAUGAAAAGAAUCAGCUGAUGACAACCAAUGUGUGGCUCAAGCAGGAAUGGACGGACCAAAAAUUACGCUGGAAUCCCGAAGAAUAUGGUGGAAUUAAUUCGAUAAAGGUUCCGUCUGAAUCGCUCUGGCUUCCUGACAUAGUUCUCUUUGAAAAUGCUGACGGACGUUUCGAAGGUUCCCUCAUGACCAAGGCCAUCGUGAAAUCCAGUGGGACCGUCAGCUGGACUCCCCCUGCCAGCUACAAAAGCUCCUGCACCAUGGACGUCACGUUUUUCCCAUUCGACAGGCAGAACUGCUCCAUGAAGUUUGGAUCCUGGACUUACGAUGGGAGCAUGGUCGACCUCAUUCUGAUCGACGAAAAUGUUGACCGGAAAGACUUUUUUGAUAACGGAGAGUGGGAGAUACUAAAUGCAAAGGGGAUGAAGGGCAACAGAAGAGAAGGUUUUUAUUCCUACCCGUUUGUGACCUACUCUUUUGUUCUGAGACGCCUGCCGUUGUUUUACACGCUCUUUUUGAUAAUCCCCUGCCUGGGGCUGUCUUUUCUCACGGUCCUGGUAUUCUACUUACCUUCUGAUGAAGGGGAAAAGCUUUCACUCUCAACCUCGGUUUUGGUUUCUUUGACGGUGUUUCUCUUAGUAAUUGAAGAAAUAAUCCCGUCUUCUUCGAAAGUCAUCCCUCUCAUCGGCGAGUACCUCCUCUUCAUUAUGAUUUUUGUUACCCUAUCCAUUAUUGUCACAGUUUUCGUCAUUAACGUUCACCACAGAUCUUCUUCAACCUACCAUCCCAUGGCCCCCUGGGUGAAGAGGCUGUUUCUGCAAAAACUCCCGAGAUGGCUUUGCAUGAAGGACCCCAUGGACCGCUUCUCUUUCCCCGAUGGAGAGGAGAGGAAAGCAGGCGUGAGAGGCAAAGUCUCAGGGAAAAAGAAACAGACGGCCGUUAGUGAUGGAGAAAGAGUUCUGGUCACUUUCCUGGAAAGGGCGGCUGAGUCUAUCCGAUACAUUUCAAGGCACGUGAAGAAGGAGCAUUUCAUCAGCCAGGUAGUGCAAGACUGGAAAUUUGUGGCUCAAGUUCUUGACCGGAUCUUCCUGUGGCUCUUUCUGACGGUUUCAGUUUUGGGCUCCAUUCUGAUUUUUAUUCCAGCCUUGAAGAUGUGGCUACACCGUUUCCAUUAGGAAUGACUCUCCAGAUCCAUUUAGAAGACAUGCAGAGAUGAGUCCCACCUUAGGACUAACGGCUGCUGGCAUGUUCACAGAAUGCAGAUGCAUGCACUAGCUGUAGUGCCCUCAUCCUGUCACCUGAGCUUUCUGUGAUGGAAGGACUCUGAGAAAAUGUGGCUUUGAUCUAAUGUGAUGGGUUGCUGCCCUUAGAAAGGGAUUUGGACAAUUCAAGGGGGACUCCAAGUUA